AAAGAAAGAAAAAGUAAAGAUUAUGCGAGAAACGUUAAUAUUCAGCCUAAUGCUGCUCUAUGCAUUCGUGCAACCUUUGGCGGCAGCAGCAUUUGAGGAUGGCAACAACAACAAUGUAAAGAUCAACAAACAUAGUUUGGAACUAACACAGACAAUCAACAUACAACGCCAGGAGUUGAUGCAGCGACAAUGUGAUCUCAUGGAGGCCAAUAGACAAUCUAUCGAGGAUCUCACGGAACUGCAAAUGGAUCACAUGAUCGUCGACAAGGAGCACAAGCUACUCUAUUGCUAUGUGCCCAAGGUUGCCUGCACGAAUUGGAAGCGAGUUCUUAUGCUGCUCACAGGCAAAUGGCAGAACGGAACUGAUCCACUGCAAAUACCCGGCUCUUUGGCCCAUUCGGUGGGCAUGUUCACCAAGUUCUACGACCUGAGCGACGAUGAGCGGACGCAGGUGCUCAGCGAGGAUUACACACGCUUUAUUCUGGUGCGACAUCCCUUCGAGCGUUUGCUCUCAGCGUAUCGCAACAAGUUGGAAGGCGGUUCACCGAGUGCUCGUUACUUUCAGUCGCGAGUGGGACGUCAGAUUGUGCGAGAGUUGCGUCAAGGAGCGAGUAACGAAUCGUUGGAGCAGGGCAACGAUGUGCAGUUUGGUGAAUUCGUGGAGUACUUGCUGCGACCCGAGUUGAGUCGUGUCAAUCAAACCGAUUACAACGAGCAUUGGGAAGUAAUCGCCAAACUCUGCAAUCCGUGCGUCAUGAAGUACAACGUUGUGGGCAAAUAUGACACACUUCUCGAUGACUCGGCGCUGGCUUUGUAUCUGUCGGGCACCAAGAAUCUGACAUUCCCCACGGGCCACAAACCGUCGAGCACCAAAGCGAAUCUUCGCAACUAUUUCGAUCCGCUGCCCAUCGGCGCCAUUCGGCGUCUCUAUGAGAUUUAUGAGGAGGACUUUCGACUCUUUGACUACGGCAUGGAAGAUGUGCUUGGCUUUGAAUUUGGCUAACCAACAAUUUGAAUCCAUUUCAAAGUGGUCUCUCUCUAUCUUCGCUCAUUCCACUGUGACCAUGACGCUUUUCCACACUGGGAGAACUUUGUGAUUUUAGUCGUAAUUUAAACCUUACUUAAUUACAUUACAUUUUCGUUAGUUCAUAAUUCAGCAACAGGCGAAUAUUAGUUUGUAAUUUCAUCAUUCUACUUUAAUGUGUUGACUUUAGAGGCUUGCAAACUUUUACUCUCUUCAAAGUUGUUAUUGUUUUGCAUAUUGCAGCCAAGUUAAAUAUUAUUAUGUUAUUAA